AUGGAGAGGACCAAGUGUCAGUCAUCUGGGACGUACAACGAGAUAGACGGCUAUUACAAGACAGGAGACCUCAUUGUCGCCAUCUUCAUCUUUGACAAGGGUGGGCAGAAGAUCUGGAUCUACUGGGAGAUCUCUGCAGUAGAUCAAUGGAAAAUCAAGAACUACCAACAAAUCCCGGCCUUGACGUUCGCCAUCACUCAGCUCAACAAGGACCCGACUCUCCUUCCCAACACCACCCUCGGCUUCCGCGUCUAUAACUACAGGAACAUAAUCAGAUGGGUAUUCGUGAGCACCUUGUCUCUGCUCUCCACAUGGGGGCAAAUGUGCCCUAAUUAUAAAUGUGACAGGAAAGAUGAACUGAUGUCUGUUAUUGGGGGCUUCGACUCUGAAUCCUCAAGGCAGAUGGCCUCCAUCUUGGGCGUCCUCAAGAUCCCACAGCUCGGUCACGGCUUGGUUGACCCUCUUCAGAGUGGGCAAAAGGUAUAUCCUUCCUUCUACCGGAUUGAUCCCGAUGAAAAUAGCCAAUACGUGGGCUUAGUCCAACUGCUCCUGCAUUUCCACUGGAAUUGGAUUGGGCUGGUUUCCCGCAGAGAUGACCGAGGUGAACAUUUCAUCCAGACCCUGACCCCGAUGCUCAAGCAGAACGACAUCUGUGUGCUCUUCUACAGAAUGUUUGAGAACAAAAGAUGGCUUGAACGGGCACAAGUACACCGUAUUUCUAUCCCCAGUGCUUGGCUGGAAUGUUUAGUUAUUAUUCUCUUUGGGAACCCAGGAAUUGUAGAAGUGUUUGUUACUCUCCAAGAGUCCAACAGCUCCUUAAGGAAGGUUUGGAUCUUGACGUCCCAUUCCGAAAUUGCUGCAACGGAUUCCCAGUCCGGCUGGCAAUCCCUGAAACCUUUCCACGGCGCUUUGUACUUCAGAGUCCACAGAAGGGAUGUGCCAGGAUUCAAGCCUUUUCUCCGGGGUUUAGAUCCGUUCCGACCUAAAGGAGACGUCUUUCUCCGCAAGUGGUGGGAAGAGGCAUUUAAAUGUGGGUUUCUGAAACCAGGCGAGACCUCUCUAUGGUGGUCGAGGAAUUGUACGAAAAAGAAACUAGAACACCUGCCAGGAACCAAGUUCGAAAUGAGUAUGACCGGCCCGAGCUACAGCAUCUACAACGCCGUGUAUUCCGUGGCACACGCGAUUCAUGCCGUGUCCUCCUCCGGAUCCAAUCGUGGAAUGAGAGGGAAAGGCGAGAGGCUUUUGAAGGUCCAGCCGUGGCAGGUUCUUGCCUCCUUGAGGAACGUCCGGUUUAACAACAGCGCUGGAGAUGAAGUCUCUCUCAUGAGGAGCAGCAAGAGAUAUGAGAUCCGGAACAUGGUCUUCUUCCCAAAUGGCUCCAUGGCUCCUGUGCAAGUUGGGUGGAUCGACCCGGGGGCUCCCCCAGGCCAAGACUUCCUCAUCCGCCCAGAGAAGAUCGUGUGGGCUACAGAGACGCCCCCCUUUGCGAGGUGCGCACAGAGAUGCUCUCCAGGGCACCGGAGACACGUUCCAGAGGGGAAGCCGGUUUGCUGCUACGAAUGCAUCCGAUGUCCGGAAGGGACCUUUUCCAACAAGACAGGUACUGGAACUUGCUGUGACCCGUGCCCAGAAGACCAACACGCAAACAAGAACCAUGACCAGUGUUUCCCCAAGAAGAUCCACUUCCUUUCCUUUCAAGACUGUAUCGGAAUCAUUUUAGCUUCUCUGGCCCUUUUCCUCUCUCUCAUCACAUCCCUAGUGAUGGCAACCUUCAUGAAACACCACGACACCCCAAUCGUCAAAGCCAACAACCGAGACCUCACCUACGUCCUCCUCCUCUCCCUCCUGCUCUGCUUCCUCUGCUCCUUCCUGUUCAUCGGUCGGCCCACGAAGGUCACCUGUCUUCUCCGGCAAGCUGCGUUUGGCAUCACUUUCUCUAUCGCCAUUUCUUCCAUUUUGGCCAAAACUGUCACGGUAGUUCUGGCCUUCAUGGCCACCAAGCCAGGGAACAUAGGAAGAAAACUCUUGGGGGGACAACUGACCAACUCCAUUGUCCUGGGUUGUCCCCUCAUCCAAGCUGGGAUCUGUGCAGCUUGGCUGGGGACCUCUCCCCCGUUCCCAAACUUGGACUUCCAUUCCCUGGCUGGAGAAAUCAUAGAGGAAUGCAAUGAAGGCUCAGUCACCAUGUUCUACAUGGUCUUGGGCUAUAUGGGAUUUCUGGCUCUCGUCAGCUUCAUGGUGGCUUUCCCUGCAAGGAAAUUGCCGGACAGCUUCAACGAAGCCAAGUUCAUCACCUUCAGCAUGCUGGUCUUUUGCAGCGUCUGGGUCUCCUUUGUGCCCACCUACUUGAGCACCAAGGGGAAGACCAUGGUGGCCGUGGAGAUCUUCUCCAUCCUGGCCUCCGGGGCUGGUCUCCUGGGUUGCAUCUUCCUCCCCAAAUGCUACAUCAUUAUACUGAGGCCCCAUCUCAACACCAGGGACCAUCUAAGAAUGAAAAAAAAUUAA